CAAGCUCGAGGCUAGAGGUAUAUUCACCUCCUCUCAAUCUGUAUUAUGUUGUUACAAUACCAUCCAUUGCAGUCUGCUCUACUGUACUAAAUAAGCUCCAUCGACGACGUGGAUCCGACACCCAUAACUCCCGGCAGUAUUACAGCCGCGGUGAUGCACAAAACCCAGCUCCUCAUCAUCUUCGUCUUACCACGACCUUGCUGACAUUCUCCCAGGUUCAUCAACGCGACGUCGAACACCAUCAUCGAGACGGACGGCGGCUCCGAGUUGCUGAUGGCCAUCAGAGCUGAAAGCGCCAAUGAACGUCAUGCUGACGACAUCCUCCACCAGCAGGAGAAGGCUACUGCUGCCUGCAUUUGCAGUGGCGUGAACGGGAUCGAGAAUGUGAACAAGAAUGAGAUGAAGCCUGUCCAAACCCCCAACAACCUCACUGCGUCCAUUGCCCAGAGCGCCAUCUCCCACUCUGAUAACACCUCCACUGCUGAUUCCCAGUCUCCUGUGAUGGCGGUCUGCUCUCCUGUGCCAGCUGCCUCUACCAGCAGGGAGCCUGACUAUUUCGAUGCUGGUGUGGUGCAUGACUUUGAAGGCGACUUGGACAAACCCACGCGGGAGUCCUAUCCUCUCUAUGAUCCCCUUGCAUGCAAGGAUGAGUUGCCAACCGACGAAAAUGCCUUCCAAGACAGCCAUACUGAUGCAGCCGUUUGCUUUGUGCCAGAUAGCAUCCCGCACCUCAUUUUCGAGUCUGGAGGAGAAACACCGGCGUCAGUCACCGAUAAUUCGAGCGAUGAUGAUGAGGGUGAUACUGCACUGUCUUGGCCCGAAGACGGCUCUCUUUUCCUUACAGAAUCCCGCAGAAUGUUCGUACGACUAUGGCAGAAUGAGGUGGUGCCUCCCGCCCUGGCGCUUGGGCUCGAGUUGGACAUGCGGUGGCUAUGGCAGGGCUCUGACGAAGUUCUCGUGUUCAGGAGCGGUAUGGUCGUUCCUGGGAGAAUGGGCCAGGAAGACGUUUUUGUGCGCAGCGUCGACAAAGAUGGGGAAGAGGAAAGAUGCUUACGACGCCUGGUACAAAUCUAUGGGUUGCACCACUCCGAGUUUCCCAUUGCAGAGCCUCUGUGUGUGUUCGACGGGCUGACCAACCGGCUGGGAAAGUCCCGUAUCUGCGUAGUGAUGAAACGCCUGCGGCAGUGGCACAAGAGCGAAUCUGGACUCGAUUGCGUAUCACCCGUGUUGCCUCAACUUUUCUUUUCUUUUGUGAGGCGUCUGCUUCAGAAUCUGGCUUGAUUGCAUGCGGCGGGAAUCAGUCAUGGAGACAUUCGUCCGUGGAAUAUCAUGCUUGAUGAAUCUAAUCUUCCAGUUCUCAUCGACCUGGGGGAAAGUGUCUGCCAUCCUCUCGACGGAGUCUCUCCACGCUUAUGCCACACACCUGUAGAAAACACGAAGCACGUUAGAUGGACCAGUGAUAGGGGAUAUCAUAGUCUACAACGUUCCCUAGGGCAACCGUAUGAUGGACGGUCAGAUGACGUGUUCGCUACCGGAGUGCUUUUGGAGUGUUGCUUGUACACCACGCAAGCUCAGAAAGCGCUUGUGGGCAGCAUUGCUCCUCAGUUCCCCCUGCUCAUUAAAUCGAUGCAGGAGGACGAGGAAGAAGACAGAAUAAGUGCAUCUAGGGCCUUUGAUAUUUGGGUGGAAUCCGCUUUGCUUUGCUCUGCAAAUGAUGGAACAAAAGCACCUCGAUAGCCUUGUGCCGUCGGUGCUGGGGCAUGAUCUUCUUAUCAUUCACAUUCACAAACCAGUCA